UAAAUUAUCUGUGACUUCUGAGAUCACAACAACCGGAAAAAUAUAAAAUCUACAGCAACCGUUAUAAAGAGUUUAGUUGUAAAACAUAACGCCACACGAGAUACAAGAUUUGCUAGAGAAAUUUGCUAGAGCAAGAAAUAGCAAAAUGUGGAAAAUAAGUUUCACCACCGUAAUACUCGCUAUUUUGCUGACUGCGCGACUUUGCAACGGCGAUUGCAAUGUCUGCAACGAAAAUAACGGCGCAGCAUGCGUUUCAAAUAUCACUUUCCAGUUAUGCUUUGGUGGCAUUCCACAGGGAACCAUAUAUUCCUGCCCGACUAUCGGUGAUGUUUGCACCAGAUUGGGUCUGAUUUGUGCCGAUCCUGCGGCCAGUUCAACCGUUCAAGCCGAUUGUGGCAAUACGGAACAAUGUGGACAAUGCGUUGGUGUUCCCAAUGGCGGUUACGCUUGCACCAGCCAUACUACGUUUGUCAUGUGCCAAGGUGAACAGCCAUCAAGUGUAAGUGGCACCUGUCCCAGCAAUGAAGUGUGCUUAACUUCCCGUGCAAAUAUUGGUGUAAAUCCCUGCGCCAACCAAUGUUUGAGUAAUAUUCAAGAUAUAUGUGAUAUUGAAUCUCCGAAUACUCCUACUGUCACGCCUAUAACGGAGUCACCCACAACAGAGUCACCCACAACAGAGUCACCCACAACAGAGUCACCCACAACUGAGUCACCCACAACUGAGUCGCCAACAACUGAGUCGCCCACAACAGAGUCUCCCACAACAGAGUCAUCCACAACUGAGUCACCCACAACAGAGUCUCCCACAACAGAGUCACCCACAACUGAGUCACCCACAACAGAGUCAUCAACAACAGAGUCUCCCACAACAGAGUCACCCACAACUGAGUCACCCACAACAGAGUCACCAACAACUGAGUCUCCCACAACUGAAAGCCCAACAACCGAGAGUAGUUCCUCUUCAAGUACAGGAACGACUUUAAGUGUGGAAGAUACUGUGUGUGCCGGACAAACUUUAGUAGGUCGUUACCGUAAUCCAAAUGACGCCACUUGUCGAACUUAUGUCUACUGUCGUAUGGACCGUACAACUCGUAAAUUAGUUGGACGUCCGAUGACUUGUCCUGGUACAAGAUUCUUCAAUCAAAGUAUAAAUAAUUGUCAAGAUGCUCUGCCGGCUGGUUGCACACAAUAACCUUCUCAGAUUGCUGGGUCUGGAUGUAGAAAUAGUUAAAUUAGAGAUUAUUGAAUAAAACAGUGUAUCGAUUGAAAAUAAAGACAAAUUAUUGAAAUUUGGUUUAAUUGCUGUUAAUAACUGGAA